GCUAAACUUAGGAAGGCUGGUUUAUUCUCUUCGUGCACCUUUCCUCUUCUCUUUCUCGUCCCUGUAGCCCGCCUUUUUCCAGUCCGCUACUUUUUAACAUACUCCUGCAGGAUCUCGCUCAUGUUUGGUUCAAAACGACCAACGAGCGAUGAAGAGCUCACCCUCUCUCGGAGACAAACCAGCAGGAGCUCAAUGGAAGCUUUACGGAGCCAUACCUUUCCAACCUCGUAUAACAAAAGUGGCCAGCAGCAACAACAACAACACCGCAACCCGUUCAUGACCAACGGAUCGCACAACGCUACUGCCAAUAUGCCCUCGCUUUCACUUCAUCGGAUACGACGAUUAUUAAGCCAUCGGCCAGCGUUCCUGUGGUGGGGCAUUGCUUGCUGUUUCCUGCUAUUCCUUUUACUACGGUUACCAUCGUCGCCGCCACCAUCGCAAAAACGGCGGUACGAAAUCCUUUUCACCCACGACCUUGUUGAAUACCAAGACACUAGUCAAAUGACAGAUUACGCUCUUCUUGAUAAACUUCUUAAAAGUGAUCAAGGUAGGUAUAGCUUUGGAAUAUAAAGGGCAACACUUAAUUAAUUGAAUUUGGUGUUUGGUCGGGGAGCAAUAAAAACGCAUAUACGCCAUGCUUACAUACGGCAUAUCCUUUUAUGUGUUUGUAAAUUAAUUUGCAGAACGACGUGAAAAUACCCAAUGGCAUGUUCAAUUUAACCGCCACGAACGUACGCCUAAUUGGAUUGCUAACGGCAAAGAUCGAGCAUCCGGAUCGUUUUCAAAACAACUAUUGCAACACAAAGUCCGGGGACAC